UAUUAUUAAAAAAGUACAUCCAGUGCUCAGAACUAGAAAAUCGAAUGUACCUCCCUUCGAUGUCUCACUGUUCCGUUCUCCAAGAUGCGUGCAGCGGUGCAGGGAAAAAAAUUUGUUAAAAUUUAAUCAUUUUUUUUGGUCAUUCGAUAAUCCAUUUGCUUCAUCGCCUCUCAAUUUUUCCUCUCACUGGUUCUCGAUGGCAACAGCCAUGGUAGAGGAUAGCAGCUUCGAAGAUGACCAGUUGGCGUCUAUGACCACCGACGACAUCGUCAGAGCUUCCCGUCUGCUCGACAACGAGAUUCGAAUCCUGAAGGAGGAGUUGCAGAGGACUAAUCUGGAGUUGGAAUCAUACAAGGAGAAGAUAAAAGAGAAUCAGGAGAAAAUCAAGCUCAAUAAGCAGUUGCCCUACCUUGUAGGAAAUAUUGUAGAGAUAUUGGAAAUGAACCCAGAGGAUGAAGCUGAAGAAGACGGUGCCAAUAUUGAUCUUGACUCACAAAGGAAGGGGAAAUGUGUUGUACUAAAGACAUCUACUCGACAGACAAUCUUUCUUCCUGUUGUUGGGCUUGUUGACCCUGAUAAGUUAAAACCUGGAGAUCUAGUUGGUGUUAACAAAGAUAGUUAUUUAAUCUUGGAUACCUUGCCUUCUGAGUAUGAUUCUCGAGUAAAAGCCAUGGAAGUUGAUGAAAAGCCAACUGAAGACUAUAAUGACAUUGGUGGAUUAGAGAAGCAGAUUCAAGAAUUAGUUGAAGCCAUUGUUUUGCCAAUGACACACAAGGAAAGGUUUCAGAAGUUAGGAAUUCGUCCACCAAAGGGUGUGCUCUUAUAUGGACCUCCAGGGACAGGAAAAACAUUAAUGGCUCGUGCUUGUGCAGCACAAACAAAUGCCACUUUUCUGAAAUUGGCAGGCCCCCAACUGGUCCAGAUGUUCAUAGGAGAUGGAGCAAAGCUUGUCCGUGAUGCUUUUCAGCUGGCAAAAGAGAAGUCUCCUUGCAUUAUAUUUAUAGAUGAAAUAGAUGCAAUUGGCACGAAGCGGUUUGACAGUGAAGUAAGUGGAGAUAGGGAGGUACAGCGAACGAUGUUAGAAUUGCUCAAUCAGCUUGAUGGUUUUAGCAGUGAUGAAAGGAUCAAGGUGAUAGCUGCGACAAACCGUGCAGAUAUUCUUGACCCUGCCCUAAUGCGUUCUGGUAGGCUGGAUCGUAAAAUUGAGUUUCCACAUCCAACUGAAGAAGCCAGGGCUCGAAUUCUGCAGAUUCACUCCCGAAAGAUGAAUGUUCACCCAGAUGUCAACUUUGAAGAACUAGCUCGGUCCACAGAUGAUUUCAAUGGAGCACAAUUAAAAGCUGUCUGUGUUGAGGCAGGCAUGUUAGCCCUUCGACGUGAUGCAACUGAGGUAAAUCAUGAGGAUUUUAAUGAAGGUAUCAUUCAAGUUCAAGCAAAGAAGAAAGCAAGCCUGAAUUAUUAUGCUUGAGCUGGAUUCUGGAAGUAAAGUUCCAGUUCGCCCAAAGCAUUUCUCAAGACAAGGAGAAGCCACCUCUGGUGUUUGAUAUUUGUUCGCAAGUGCUAAAUUUACUCUAAUUCGGAAUUAUACUUGUACCCUAUAGCUCGCUAUUACUAUCCCUUUUGGCGGUCCGACAUUUUUCUCUCUUUCUUUCAGAAAAACAUGUGGUUGUGAAUUAGAUUUAGCGAUGGGGUUUCAGGGAGUAAAAAUAAUUAAUGAUUGAUAGUCUGAGCACUUAAGCAGUAAUUUUCUUUAUCUCCGAACCGUGUUGGUGCGGAGCGGUUCA